AUGACGCUGGAACUGACCCACCUGCUGAGUGCUGCCGGCGGUUUUCUCGGCAUGUUGAUGAUCUACUGGUUCGUCAGUCCUCGGGUCGUGCCGCUCUGCUUUCCAUCAUACACCGCGCUGCCAUGGGAGAAGAGGAUACAGGUCAACGAGAUCUUCAUGGCCGGGAGUCACUCCGUGAUCGUGUGUCUCUGUUCCUGGGUGGCGUACUUCACUGUGGAGGAGCUCAAACCUACAACUCUCUGGUACGACUGCGCCAUAACCAGACACACCAGCGCUUUCUUCUGGGGCUACAGCAUCGCAGACCUGAUGUUGAUGAUCUGCUACCCGCAUUUCGGAGAUAUCUACUUCCUCAUGCACCAUGCCGUGUCUCUCAUCGCCGGCUUCUUCGGCAUGGCUUACACCUCCAUACCGUACUACGUCAACGUGUUUCUGAUGAUGGAAAUGACGAACCCGUUUGUAAACUUUAGAUUCCUGCUGAAGGCGCUGGGCUACCCGGAGAAGAGCCUCCUGUUCUCCUCCACCGGCGUGCUCAUCUUCGUCACGUGGUGGAUCGCGCGCCUCGCUUUCAUUCCCAUCUACGCCUACCACAUGGCGCAGCUCAUGCGCACUGGGGACUUCUUCAAGAUUGAGUUGCCCAUGCAGUUGACCAGCGUGCUGGGCUACGCGUUUUUCACGGUCCUGAAUCUAGCGUGGUUCCGCGUGAUUCUGAAGCUCUUCAAGCGUGAAAUCCGGGGCCUGAUCGAGCUGAGCGGACACUCCAAGAGGGCGCAGCUGCAGGAAGCCAACAGCAAAAAGGGCGGUUAAACUUUUGCACGGUCAGCCUACCAUGGUGUCUGGUCUAUCAUAGUUUGGAAAGAUAAUGUAAAGAUCCAACCAAACAUUGGCCACAAUGGCCAUAUAUAUAUAAAGAGGUGAUCACUAGUACAGGUUUGACUGUGUAAUAAUGACCAGGUGGGUCUAUUAGAAGUUUGACUCCUUCUUUGCUGUUAAACUGCACCAACUCUUGGAAGGUAGCCUCCGUAGCAGGCUUAUAGAACUGGGGGUUUGGUGGUCUUCGGCUGUUUUCUGAUUAGCCCAGUUCUAA